UAAAGGGAAGGAGGAGGAGGGGAAAACGAGAGAGGAGAUUUUUUUUUGGGGGGGGGAGAAAAGAGGAGUGUGCUGCUUGGUUCCCAAUGGCUCACAGAUGUGGGAGUUUGAACACAUGCUCAACAUAUGUAGGGGAGGAAGGAGGAGAGCUGGGAAUAAGACUGUUUUGAGGAAUGAAACCAGGAGAUGAGAAGCAGACCACCUCUUCCUAGACCUCCAGAAAUCCAGAGGAAUAUAUUGACAUUUUAAGAUCUGUCUUUUGGGACCCAACUGGGACAAGCAGUCAACGGAGAGAAGAAGCGUCCCAUGAUGCCAGGAUCUCCUGUGGAUGUGAAGGCCCAGUCCAGGGCCACCCCACCGACCAUGCCUCCUCCGCCCUCAGGGAACCAAGGGGCACCACGUGCAACAUCCUUCACACCAACAUCAUUGCCCAAUGGCAUCGAGCACUCCCCGCCUGCCCUAAAUGGGGUGCCAUCCCCACCCCAGCGGUUCACCAACGGCCCCUCGUCCUCGCUGGCCAGCCAGCAGCUUCCCGCCACCUGCGGCGCACGGCAACUCAGCAAGCUGAAGCGAUUCCUGACCACGCUGCAGCAGUUCGGCAACGACAUCUCGCCAGAGAUCGGGGAGCGGGUGCGCAGCCUGGUGCUGGCGCUUGUGAAUUCAACUGUGACCAUUGAGGAAUUUCACUCCAAACUGCAAGAGGCAACAAAUUUCCCACUGCGGCCCUUCGUAAUUCCAUUUCUAAAGGCCAACUUGCCCCUGCUCCAGCGGGAACUGCUGCACUGCGCACGCUCUGCCAAGCAGACGCCAGCUCAGUACCUGGCUCAGCACGAGCACCUGCUGCUGAACGCCAACGCCACGUCACCGGUCAACUCAACCGACCUGCUUGAGGUGAACGAGAACGGCAAGAGGAGCAGCCCAGAGAGGAAUAAAGAAAAUGGCUUUGACCGCGACCCCCCAGCCAAGCGGGUGUGCACGAUCAGCCCCGCCCAGCGCCACAGCCCAAGCGUCAGCCUGCCACCCCCGCCCAACGGCCAGCUGCACCCGACUCCUCCCCCUCUGCAGCACUACAGCCUGGACGACGUGGCCAUGAGCCACCUGUACAGGGAACCGCAGAGGCUGCCUGAAUACAGGGACCGGCACCGACAUCACGCAGGAUCCCGUGGAGUUUAUCAGGAGGAAAUGAUCGAUCACCGAUUAACUGAUCGGGAGUGGGCUGAAGAAUGGAAACAUUUGGAUCACCUCCUGAACUGCAUCAUGGACAUGGUGGAGAAGACCCGGCGGUCCCUGGCUGUCCUCUGUCGCUGCCAGGAGGCGGACCGCGAAGAGCUGAACUACUGGAUGAGACGUUACAAUGACACCGAGGAAGUGCGGAAGGGAGGCACCGCUCACUUACGACAGCUCAGCCCCGGGAAUGUGGACGCCAUUCAGUCUGAGCUUCUUCGGGAGAUCACUCACCGACCAGCGGCUGGCUACGUCCCUGAUGACAUCUGGAAAAAGGCAGAGGAAGCCGUCAACGAGGUGAAGCGCCAGGCUGUGUCGCAGCUGCAGAAAGCCGUGACUGAGGCUGAGCAGAAAGCCUACGAGAUGAUAACAGCGGAGAGGGCCAAGAUGGAGCAGAAGAUAGCUGAUGCCAAACGACAGGCGGCCGAGGAUGCUUUCACUGUCAUCAACGAACAGGAAGACACCAGUGAGAGCUGCUGGAACUGCGGACGCAAGGCCAGCGAGACCUGCAGCGGGUGCAAUGCAGCCCGUUACUGUGGCUCCUUCUGCCAGCACAAGGAUUGGGAGAAGCACCACCGCAUCUGUGGGCAGAACCUGCAGGCCCAGGCCAAGGCCCUGUCCACCGGAGGCCCCGUCCCCAAGGCCCCCAAGGGCGAGAAGAGCCCCGCCCUGGAGAAGACCCCGCCGUCCACCGUCACCUCCAGGUCAGCCACCCCAGCCACCCCCGAUGCCAGCGUCCAGUAACGCAAUCUCCGACCUGCACCGAGGAGAAAGGAAACCACUAACUCUCCCACCCCUGCGCGCAGCCUGACUGUGGCUUGGUAUACGGUGCAGAUCCCGACUUCAAAAAAAAAAUUAAUCGGCAAUUGAUUGUGGGGGGGGGGGGGAGGAAGAUUACAUCAGAUUAAUAUUCACAAGAGUGCACACAUGCUCAGAAAGUACAAACCAGCUAAAUGGCAAAGACUCUCACACACAGAAGUCGACUGUGGAAUUGAUUACCCGACAAGAGUGCUCAACCCUUUAAGACUUUGCAGCAGAAAUAUUUGAGACUGGAUGCUCUAUAUGUCGAUAUUAACUUCCUCAUGUUUGUCCCGUUGUGUGUUCCUGCCCCCACGCUGCCUUUCCACAGAACCCACCUUCACAUCCUGACUUAGUUCCUUGUGUAGGUGAGCAGAUUCCACAGCCAUCGAAACGGACUCGGGAUGCCAAUUCCUCAUGUAUUCAAAGCACUCUUUACCUCUUGAUGAAAGCGGAACACUUUCAAGAGAUUGUAACUUUAAAAAAAAGUCAAAGCAAUGUGGCUAUUUUUAACCUCGCUGCUCUUGAGGAGGAUGAAGAAACAUUGUUUUUGUAAUCAACCUCCGUAGCCCUUUGGGUGGGAAUCUGCAGUGCGGAAGUUGUGCGCCCUUGCAGGGGGACAUUACAUCCAUUUCUCUGCCCUGACAGUCCCUCACACCAGGGCAUUUAACAGAUCCGAGCAAUUGCUGACGGCUCUUCCCGCAGGAAAAUGGUGGGAGGAUGGACCUGUUGAUCCAUGGCUGGGGACCUGCUCCUUGCCCACUGUUUUGAAACGACUGACCUCUUGAGAAGUAUCUCUUCACCUCCCAUUUUAACCUCCUCAAAGCAAGCGAGCGAUCCGUGUUGUGCGCUAACAGUAAAAAGCUCGAGGCACAUAGAUGUAAUUUUUAAAGAAAAAACACAAGUUGUGGUGACGUGGGAACCGUGAGUGUGGCCUCCCGGUUGUCGGGAGAUCAGGUACUGCUGACGUAGUGCCUGCUUACUUCCUGCCUGGUCACUGUAGACAGCUGCCUGAGAUACUUCAAUGCCCUCGGCCAAAGACUCUCUCUUUUGGUCGUCUUUCCCUGACUGAAAGUAGAAGAUAAAUAUCAUACAAAAAUAAAAUAGGGGAAAUACUACUUUCUGAUACAAGAGACAGCACGGGAGGGGGGGGGGGGAUAAAGAAGGAAGCAGAAGUUGAGGUAUUAGAAACAGUUGCUUACUCUUCUAUUAUCCAAGCUUGCCAAAAGCAACCCCUGACCCUCCAAUCCCUGUGUGCUCCUUCCCACCACCACUGACCCUCAGUGAGGAAGGAGUCUAGUGGAGGCUGUCAGGAGUUGCCUGGGAAUGAAGGUUAAAUUUGUUCCAAUUUGUAUAGCAAGCAGGUAAAUCCCACAAUGCUGCCCCGUUAUCCCACCUUCCUGUUUAAAAGAAGUGGGGUGUUGUUGGGAGGGCUUAUACAAAGCUCCAAUUUCAUGUGAUUCCAUAAACUCAAAUAUUAAUCCCCAUUCUGGGAGGUUGUGAUUUAAAAAUCUUGCCCAAGCUUUGUCAGCCAGGCUUCCAAAGCCAGUGAGAGGUCCACACCGCACUACCACAACAGCCUCUUACUGUUGGCUGUGCGUCAUUCACAGUUCAAGCACCUGAAGCAUCCUGGGAACGCCAUCUGGUUUCCACGGUGACAAUGCAUGAAUCCCACUAGAGAGGGUUACACUAUGCCAUGAAUAAUUAACUUAACCCAUUUGUGGGAUUGAGCUCUUGCAAAUUACUUCUCUUUAAUGUUUCUAUAGGUGUUGGCCAAUUGGUCCAGCAGCAUCCAAUCACAUCACAAAUCCUAGGGCCAGUGCUGGCCUUGGCAAUCCUCAUUUGAGGUAGCUAAUACCAGCUAAAACAUAAAAAAGGACAGAAUUGACUUCAGUAUCCUAUACUCCAUUUUGCUUUACGAGGCCAAUUAUGAACCGAUGCUCACCUUGGACACACUGGGACCCUUGCCAUGAGUAACUCCAUGAGAGGUCAACCACAAGAUAAAUAAAACUGCAAACGAGACAGUUAUUUGUUCAGAACUUUCACCGACAACCAGGCUUCCUUUGGUUGGAACUGGCCAAACUGUUGAAUAUUGAUAUAUUUCUUAACUUUGCAUAUACCAAUGAAAUGACCUUCCCUGGAAUUAGGUAUCAGACUUGCACCAUGGUAGCAAAGGGACAACCAGUUGAUGGCUUAGAAUGCACUGGGUACUCAUAAUGGGCAAAUAGGAACAUAAUAGGCGAGAAAGGCAUAAUAGGCACCUCACUAAUAGUUUCAGGUAACUCCUAAGCACUUUUGUUUUUGCUAAAUAAAUCUCCAUAUGAUCUUCAGCUAAUUACAUUGGGAAUGUGAGCACUGGUAACCCAGUUACACAUUCUGGGGGCUCAAGCUGUCUAUUGGAUAGUUGCAACUCAUCAAACGAUGCAGGUAACGAGAUGCAACUGAGAAAUCCUUCCACUAACCUUCAGUAUUGCCAGGCAGCAGAGUUGAAUGACCAAUUGGAAGGUGUAAGUGAAAUGGCCACCAUAUACAUGGGAGUUGCCCUGUAAUUAGCCCCUGGUAGACAAGGUGUCUUGGCAAGUUUUAGCAGCGCCACUGGUUGAAUUGUCUACUAUCAUAAAUAAAUGAUGCCUUUUUGGUAGCGUAGUUGGGUUCUAGAGAUAAUAAGCUCCAGUUGGAUGUAUCCUUGGACAUUUCGUGAGGUCUUUCUAUAAUAAGGUAUAACUGGCCUUGGCUGCCACUUAGAGAAUUUAUUGGCACUCCUCAGCAAUGUUUGAGUAUGUAAAGAGUAUCUGUGACUUUCAGUCUCUUGAACCAUCAGAUGGAGCCUUGCACGUCUGCUGGCUGGUAAUCAACCUCCCUGGCUCUGCCCAAGGGAUGGUUUGAUAGUGGAGAGUUUAAUAGAUUCCCCUUGACCAAGAGUGGUGUCUCUCCUUUACUGUAUCCCUGGGGAUUUUGUUGCAGGAGCUCUGUCCUCCUCCCACUGUCAAACCAUUGGCUAGCCAAAGUUCCACUGCACAGACUUGCUCCACUAUUUGUAAGUCAAAAUUACUCCUCGUUAUGCCAUUGGAAGUCCAACUCAGUCCUCCUCUCUCCCAUAUUUUUUCUAGCCUAAAAAGCAUGUAUAAAUUUUAACACCUUAUGAAUAAUCUCCGUAGAGCUGAGAGCAACAGUGUCUCUGGUGUUGAAGUAGAGUCCCUGAAGGUCCCAUGCCGUUCGGCAACUGUUAGGGCACCAGCUUCACUCGGAACAGAAUCUGCAUAUCAAAUCAGUUAUAAGACCAUGGGAUACAGGAGCAGAAUUAGGCCAUUCAGCCCAUCGUCUGCUCCACUAUGCUGUUGUGGUUAAUUUUAUUAUCCCUCUCAACCCCAUACUCUCACUUGAAUUUCCAACACCCUUAUUAAUCAAGAACUUAUCAACAUCCGCUUUAGAUAUACCCAAUGACUUGAUCUCCACAGACGUCAAUGGCAAUGAAUUCUGCAGAUUCACCGCCCUCUUCCAAAGGAAAUUCCAUCUCACCUCUGUUCUACAGGAACGUCCUACUCUGAGGCUCGGCCCUCCUCUUGCUCAGUACGGGAAAUAGCCUCUUCAUAUCCACUGUAUCGAGGCCUUUCAACGUUCCAUAGGUUUCAAUGAGAUCAAUUUCCCCCAGCUCUCCCCACUCCCAUUCUUUUAAACUCCACUGGGUACAGACCAACAGCCAUCUAACACGCCUCACACAUUAACCCAUACAUUCCCGGGAAAUUCGUGAACCCUCUCCAGUGCCAGUUUGCGAGAGUGAACAAACCAAGGAAUCAAAGUUCUAACUCAUUGAUUUGUUUGAGUUCAGUGAUGCUGUUGCUUUUUGAAAAAAAAAGAACUCUGGGGUGGUUCCUUUAUUUUUAACAGCCCAUUACACCACUGGCGUUUAGGUCAGCAAUGAAGGUCCUCCAUCUCUGGUGGUGUUCAGGGCUUCCUUCAUCGUGUCAGUUGCUUCCUCUCGGUUUUCACCACCAUCAGUCAUGACAGUCCUGGGUGGCGACUCAGAACUACCGUCACACUCCGGCUGAAAGGGCCUGUUCCACACUGUAUCUCGAAAUAAAAUAUUUAAGACCAUAGAGGGGCAGAAUUAGGCCAUUAGGCCUGUCGAGUCUGUCCAUUUCACCAUGGCUGAUCCAUUUCCCUCUCAGCUCUAUGUUUCCUAUGGUAGGGGAGUCUAGGACCCGAUGGCACAGCCUCAGAAUAGAGGGACCACCAUUUAGAACAGAGAUGAGGAGGAAUUUAUUUAGCCAGAGGAUGGAAAAUCUGUGGAAUUCACUGAAUUUUUUGUAGCUGUGGAGUACAAGUCAUUGGGUGUAUUUAGGGCAGAGGUUACUGGAGUCUUGAUUGGUCAGACAUGAAGGGUUACAGGGAGAAGGCAGGAGACUGGGGCUGAGAGGGGAAAUGGAUAAAAAUAACAUGCUGCUCGACCCACGUUGUUCCUCCAGCAGACUUCUUGUUAUGCUUCAUUCAGUGGCUUGAACUAAUAACCGCCAGCUGCCAUUUUGAACUCACAUUUCCUGAAUGGUGCUUUUGACUGCAAUGUCCAAUAUAAAGGGGUGUGUGAUCCUCCCUAUGGAACGUGUAGGUUUUCCCCAGAUACACUGGUUUCCUCCCAUAGUCCACAGACAUACCCAAUAUUGAGAUACACUGAAUCACAUCCCCCUUAAACGCCACACUGCCCAGUAAUCCCCUGAUUUAAUCCUAGCCUAGUCAUGGGACAAUUUUCAAUGACCAGUGAACGAACAGGUACGUAAUUGGACUGUGGGAGGAAACCCACAUGGUCAAAGGGAGAACAUAUAGACUCCUUACAGGAGGUGGUGUGAAUUGAACCCUGGUCCGCCUGUACUCUGAAGCGUUGUACUAACCACUACACUACUGUGCCACCUGAGGUCCAUUGGUCAUUAUAGGUUGUCCCAUGAUGUAGGUUAGAGUUAAACAGGUUUGUUGGGGGUUACACAGCAUAGCUCGAAGGGUUGGGAAAAAAAAUCUCAUGUCCAAAUCUUUGAAUACUACUCCGGUCUAAAUUUCUCUCUCCAGUGCCUGAGUUAAAUUGGAUUUAUACCUUAGUGCACCUGCAGUGAUAAGUGUCUUUCACUGAAUUACAGGCACCACUGAAUCACAUCCCCCGUACCAUACCCUGUUGCUUCUAGCUGCUCUAAUCUCAAGCCCUUUUCAUCCUCUAAAACUGUAGUGAAAUCUUCGUUGUCCGUUUACAGAAUGUCUUAAGGUCAAUGCAGAUCAAAACCCUUUACACAGCGCACCCUCUUAUUUUUGCCUCUAAUUCCUCUCGAGUCCUCCUACAGAAUCCCCAGUAAAACCAGGGGCCUUUAGGUAUCCCAGGCUGUGAUCAGGUUGGAAGCGUACUGCUAGCACUGCGCCUUCUGUACUGAGUGAGUGAGAGAGUGUGUGUGUGUGUGUCCACCAAAAUCAAAAGACUGAACCAAAUUAUCACUCCGCAAACCAAGCUACCGAAGCCAAACUCUCUCUCUCUUUAGCUUAGCAAAGUUGAAGAGGGCCUGACUUGCUGGGCCAACAACCAAAACCUCAAAGUUCAGGAUUCAACAAAGAUAAAGAAAACCGAAUAAACUAAUCCCUCUGUUCGGGUAUGUGUCUCCGUAAGUGAAUGAGAAGUCCAGUUUAUAAUUGUUUCACUUGUGAAUGGUCAGUGUAAGAUGUUGUAGUUUUGAAGUCAUUGAAAGCAGCCUCUGUGGCCUGUGGCUUCUUUCUCUUCAGUGAACCUGUCGUGUUGUGAUUACUGAUUUUUUUUUUGUCUUUUUUUUAUUUAAGAAGAAUUUGUGUAAGCAACCGAUAAAAAUGGCAAUUUGUCUUCUGCCACCGUUUUAUUUUAUAUGUUCUGUGUCAUUGGUGUGUGCUACACUCUGACAUAAUCACCGCUUCGGGAAAUUAAUUAGAUGAAACUGAUUCCAGUCUUCCUGCACCUUCUGUGUCUAUGGGCUGGACUCAUCGUGAAGGUAUUGGCACAGAAACUUGCAACACCCUUACUGCCCUCCCACAAAUAUAUUCCCUGUGCUAUUAAACCAUUUAAAAUGGUGUUAUCCGCCAACCCACUGGAUGUGACCCAGAAUCUCCGGGAGAUUGUCACCAUGACCAAACUCCAGGAACUUGGGAAUUAAUUCCUGGCCACUGGUGGUUGACCCCCAAGAUCUCCAUACACUAUUGAGUUGCAUCCAAUGAAUUGUGACUUGAAAUGUCUUUUAAGCUUCAGAAUAGGUUUGAAUCUUUCCUCUAACUUUCAUUGUUUCCUUUUCUCCUCAUUCCAAGAAAUAUAAAAUUAAAAUUAAAGCAAUCUACUUAAGGGCUUUUUGAGGUCCAAACUGGAUAAAGUGAGGAGGACGGAAAGGGAGGAGAUACUUCCAUUUGGGAGAAGAAUGAUGGAAUUAUUACCCACUCAGUUGCUUAGAUUCCCAAUCUGAUACUUGACCAGAUUCCACUAAAAGGGUCACAUCCACUGAUGACCUCCUCUGGAUAGAAACAAAAAAAAAAUUGGAAUAUUCAGCAGGUCAAACAGCGACUGGAGAGAGAGAAAGAGUCAGCAUUUCAGGCCGGUGAAUUGGUACUUCAGGACUACUACAGAUCAUAGCCUGGAUACCCUGUCAAGUUGCUGGUGUUUCUAAGUGAACUCAUCCGAAUGGUGAUAAGACCCAUUGUAAUUUGCUGCUUCGAACUUUUGAAGUAUCGUUUCCACACUAAUCUCUUCUCCCUCCACCCCUCAAGCUCUCCUCCCUUUGCCCGAAGACAAGACCAAGUACACUCUAGGGGUGCAUCUGGUGCCACCAACGUGCAAGGGUUUUCCCAACUUUUGUUAAUGGAACUUGAUGGUCAGGGAGGAGGUGUUAACAGAAGGGACAGGUCCCCAUGACUAGGACAGUGGCCCCUCCCUUCUGUCUCCACAAUGGGCUUCAGCUCUAAUCAAUGACAGACAAGUGAAAGGGUAGAAAUAGUGGGGAUAAUUCAGACUGUGGACAAAGCAUGUGGUAUUGGAUCAGACAUGCACAUUCCUGACUUUCUUUCCCGGAAGUUAUGGCAUACAGUUGAUACAAUAUUCCACUUUAUAUUAUUAAAUCCAAUAAUGAAACAAAAGAAUUGUCUUUCUUCAGAGAGCGGUUGGAAUGCAGAAAUCCCUCCCAUACAAGGAGUCGAGAUUUCAAGAUGAAAUGCUUUUAGAUCAAACUUGGAUGAGUACAAGAGAGAGGAAGGGGGUUAAAAAUUAUAUUGCAGAUGAGAUAAUGCAAAUGGGAUGGGAGAAAACUCAUAAAAACCAGCACAGGUUAGUUUGGGCGAAUGCUGUAUAUUUUACAAAACUUUGCACCUUUGCUCCUGAGAGCCCCCAUUGCUUUUGCUCCCAUCUGACCCUCCUAAAUAGUUGAUCAUGCUGGCUUUCAACAUGUGGGUUUGGGCGUGUAAGGGAUCCCAUUCAGCAAGCCCGGCUAAGCAUACUUGUCGAAAACAAUCUAUUAUCCCCGUCGCACUUGUAACACUAGCCAUUCUAUUGAUUAUGACACUCUGCCCAUAUUCUUGUGUGCUAUUAAUCCACCCUGACAGAAGCUUCUACUCCCACCGUUGUAUCCCAAGGAAAAUCCAUAUAAAGCAGGGGUUCCCAAUCCUUUUUCCUGCCAUGGACCAAUACCGUUAAGCUCAGAGUCUGUGGACCCCAGGUUGGGAACCCUUGAUACAAAGGGACUUGUUCUGUUUUUGAUUCCUCACAGAUGUGUAUAUAUUUUUUUGCUGGUAUAAAGUGACAAAUUAAUCAGCCAAUAGUUUGGUGACUUUGUCCCAAAUUGUGCAAUAUGUAAAUUCAGGUUGUGCAAAGUUAACUUCUGGUUUCUCAAGACAUGGCAUCCACUGCCAUUAUCAGAACAAUAUUGUUUCAAUCCACCCUUCCACAGGCAAUGAAGAAAUUCAUACCAAACCAAAAAUGGCCUCUUUACCUAAGACGCAUGAUCAUCAUGUUACAUUUUCAAUAAACAAUCAGCUGGAGAUCUCUCAACAUUAGCUCAUAUAAAAGUUCCCUUCUUAAUGUUGGUUCCAUUCACUUCAAUCCACCACACCAGCCAAAGUAGUGACCAGCCAGUGGAAGCAGUGUAAAUGAGGCAAGUUCAAGGAACCCGUUAACAUAUCUGGAUGUUAAUCUGUAAUUGUUGCAUUCCUUGCUGGUUCUGGAGUUGUGGAGUUUUUCCGUGUAUGCCCCUACAUGUAAAAGCAUAGAUAACUUUCGGCAUGGACUAGGAGGGCCGAGAUGGCCUGUUUCCGUGCUGUGAUUGUUAUAUGGUUAUAAAACCAGCAUCAAGAUUUGAUGAUGAUUGUUAGCAAAUUGUUAUCCAAUUAUGGAGCUGGUGAUCUCAACUUUGUUAAAUAACAGGGCAGGAUAAGUGAAAGACUGCCUUACACUUCUCUUGGGGCAGUCAAUAGAGAUAAAAAUGCACAGAAUAUGCUGGCUCCCUAUUCUUGAAUCCAGAGUCUUGAAUCUCACUGUGUCACAAAGCCUAAUCUUUAGGAUUAUAGUAUGUCAUUAUUGCCAUUGUCAUAGUUUCCCAAUAUGGAUACCUGUACACAAUUACCCCUCAUGUUCCAGUCUCUUGAGAUGAUCUUCUGAACUUUAAUGUCCCCCUCAUCUUUCUUCAGGGAUGCAUGUUACAUCAGACAAAUCGCUAGGUUCUUCCAGUCCCGAUGUCCUCUGAGUUCCACUUCUUCAUUAGCCAUCUCUCUUGGGUGAGCAUGUGAGCAGAUGUGAACGAGCCCAUGCCAGCAGUCAACUUGUUCUUCAGGCCCUUGUGCUGACUCAGUUUCCAGUUCAGCAGACUUGGGACCAGAGAAAUGGAGUUAACGUUUCAGGUCAGUGACCCUUCAUCUGAAAGUCUGAUGAAGAACCUUUGACCUGAAUCAGUAACCAUUUCUCCACAGGUGCUCCUGACCUGCUGAGUCCUUUAAGGAUUUUAUGUUUUAAUUGCAAGUGCAAGAGAUGUGACUAGCUCGCUGGGCAACGGAGUCGGCAUUGAGGAACGGGGCUGAACAGGCAGUUCCCAGGUGCUCUGGCUCUAAAAGCACAGGGUAGCAUAGUGGUUAGCACAACGCUUUACAGCACUAGUGUCCUGGAUUCAAUUCCCACCACUGCCUUUAAGGAUUUUGUAUGUUCUCCCCUCAUGUGCAUGGGUUUCCUCCAGGUUCUCUGGCUUCCUUACACAUUGCAAAGACAUACUAGUUGAUCAGUUACUUGGUCAUUGUAAAUUCUCCCAUGAUUAGGCUGGGGCAAAUCGGGGCUUGCUGGGUGGCAUGUCUGGAAGGUCCAGAAGGGCCUAUUGCAAGCUGUAUCUCAAGUUCUGAUUUCAGGAUUAGACUCGGGUUUUAACUCCAACACCUGCCAUCAUACCCAUCUAUCUUUGCUCCCAGUUAGAUGAGAUGCUUUGAUACUGCAGGGAACACUGCUUGAACAUGAGAAGCUCUCAUAGAAUUAUAUGAGGCUAUUUGGCCCACGAUCCAUGUGCUGGCACAUCAGAAGAGCUCUCCUUUAGAUUUUCAUUUAUUCAUUCUUAGAUAAUAAUUAUGGAUAUAAUUAUAAUACCUUAAGAGAGAGAAGCAGAAUUAAGACAAUUGGACUAUUGAAUCUGCUCUCCCAUUUGAGCAUGGCUGAUUUCUUUUCCCUCACAACCCCAUUCUCCUGCCUUCACCCCAAAACCUUUUGACACUUACUAAUUAAGAACCUAUCAACCUCUGCUUUAAAUAUACUCAGUGACUUGGCCUCCACAGCCAUUUGUGGCAAUGAAUUCCACAGAUUCACCAUCCUCAGCUAAAGAAAAUCCUCAUCCUUUUCAGUAUUUUGUUUUCCUUCCCAGAAUAUCUUAAGUGUUUUAUGCUUUCAUGUAAUACCUCCAACAUCUGCCGUUCCGGCUUCUUUCACAAGUAUCUGCCGCCACUGCCCUGGCAGGCAGUGAAUCCCAGAACAGAGACACGGGUAACCAUCAAGCGCAAUUGGAUCUGUGUCGUUUCGGAGCAGUCGUGUAUGUAAGGGUCAGGGUGCCAGCAUAGCAAAGUGUGGCCCCAGGUUCCUGCCAAAGAGAGACCUUAAAUAUCUCAGCCAGGUCUUGCACUUGGCCUUUGUCAGAAUGAGAAACCAGAACUUAAUUUGGUCUGAGCUUUUCCUAGAGUUGUUGGGGCAGUAGCUAACCUAUGAGGGAAAGUACUUUCAACAUAACCAGCAGCCCAGCACCUUGAUUUGUGAGUCAGGCAGCCUCGAUUGUGCAUAUCACUUGUCCCUCCAGACCAGAUGUAAAUAAGACCUAUACGUGGAGCACAUUCAAGGCCCGAAGUCUGACUGCUGUGUCUAACCGUCCACAAGCAGAUUCUAGAUGGGCUGAAAGGCCUAUCUCUAUGGCUCUCUAACUCCAACAACCAAGACAAAGGUGACAUUACUUGCCCGUCCCUUCUUUUAAAAUUCAGUCUGGGCAAACAACAGGGUGAGUGGGGCAGUGGACUAUGUUGGAAGUACAGUUCCAGACCUAUCUUCCAUCAAUGCAGUGGCUAAUUCUCAGAGAUUAGCACCAGAUCUGCAGUCGUCGUUUCUUUUCAAGCCGUGCUUCUUCAAAUCGGGUAUUUUUUCCCCUUUCUCUGUUGUAAAUGUAAAUAAAUAUUUGUAAAAAUUUGAA